AAACGGAAGCUGGCUGCGUUCUGUUUUGCCUCCGUGUUUCCGUGAAAAAUAAGGUGGAUAGCGAAGGUACGAGGGCGGAACAUGUAGUCAUAGAGCUAGGGCUAUAUCUGUAACUACUGUUUCUCAAGAAAUGAAAGUAUCCUACGCGCCUGAAGUGAACACCACCUGUCAGUUUCCACCAUUUCCACGGAUAACACGGACUUCUCAGCAGACAUGGCCUCCGCCAGCAGCCUCCCAUGUGAAGAACAACUCCUGUGUUCAAUCUGUCUAGAUGCGUUCAAUGAACCUGUCUCCACUCCAUGUGGACACAACUACUGCAAGUCUUGUAUCACAGGGUACUGGGCCAGCACUGACCUGAUACAUUGUCCACUCUGUAACAAGAAGUUCCGCAAGAGACCUCAGCUUCAGGUCAACACAGAGUUCAGAGAUAUGGUGGAGCAAUUCAACAACAUGAAGGUGAGGGGUGAAGACGACAUCCCUGCCAAACCAGGGGAGGUGCCCUGUGACAUCUGCCUUGAGCCGAAGCGCAAAGCCCAGAAGACGUGCCUGGUGUGUUUGGCCUCGUACUGCCAGACUCACCUGGAGCCUCAUCAGAGAGUCACAACCCUUAAAAAGCACCAGCUGAUUAAUCCUGUGUCAAACCUGGAGGACAGGGUGUGUAAGAAGCACGACAAGAUGUUUGAAUUCUUCUGUUACACAGACCAGGCGUGUAUUUGUUCCAUGUGCCUGAAAGACGGCCACGCAACACAUGAAGCCGUCCCAUUAGAGCAUGCGUUCAGAGAGAGGAAAGCCCAGGUGGACUACAUGAUGUCAGAGAUAAAAGUGAUGGAAAACACAAAAUCCAGGAGUAUUAAGGAAAUCGAAUACUUAGUUGAACAGAGCAAAAGAAGGUCAGAGAAAGACAUAGCAGACAUUGCUGAGGUUUUCACUGCUCUGCUGGUCUCUCUGCAACAAAGCCAGGCUGAGCUGAUUGAGGUGAUCCAGGAGAAGCAGAAAGCAGCACUGAAGGAGGCUGAAGACCACCUGACAAAGCUGGAGCAAGAAGUCUCUGAGUUGAGGGGGAAAAGAUUUGAAGUGGAACUACUCUUACAAACAGACGACCACUUCAGCCUCCUGCAGAGCUGGCUGUCUCUCUCACACAAUGAGGGCAUAUUUGACCCUCUGUCCCACUCCAUCCCUCCAUCUACACCAGACCUCUCUGACAUGAAUCAGCAGAGUUAUGUGGGGAUGGUGAAAAAAGCAGUGGCUCAGACAGAAAAGAUAGCCAGUAAUGAGAUGGAGAUGCUCAUUCAUGAGGUCAGGUUAUCUGAUGGUUGUGAGGCCACUGAGCAGCCUGAUGCAGUUGAAGAACGUACAACAGAUGAGUUUGUCAGAGAAGUGUGGACUCCACCUCAGGACAAGCUGAUGAUGAUCCAGCAGUGCAAUGCAGUGGAUGUGACUCUGGACUCCUACAUGGCCCAUUCCAGCCUCGUGGUGUCUAAGGAUGGGAAACAACUGAGAUUUGGUGAAGGCCUACUGCAUUUUUUUACAUCUUUAUUUUGGGCAAGACCUGCAGGCCAACCUUUAGUUCUUGGGAAAGAGGGUUUUAGCUCAGGCAGGUUCUACUAUGAGGUUCAAGUCAGUGGGAGUAAAGGCUGGGUACUGGGAGUGGUUAAAGAGCCCAUUAUCAAGGAGAGGGGUUUCACUCCCAUCUUGAAAGAUGGAGGCUGGACACUUUGUGGCGUGUACAAUGAAUUCAAAGAGGAGUGUUUUGCUAACUCUGAUAGGUCCUCUCUCGUGUACCUGGGGCAAAGGCCCCAGACAGUUGGUGUGUUUGUUGAUUAUGAGAAAGGAGAGAUCUCUUUCUACGACGUGGACGCCAGGACUCUGAUCCACUCCCAAACAGGAUGUGCCUUCAUUGAGAACCCAUCAGCUUUCAAAGCUUUUCUCCAUUACAUGACUGGCACAUCCUCAAAUAACAGACCAAAGCUCUACCCUGUUUUUGGUUUCGCUAAUGAUGACUCUGACAACAUGCUCAAAAUCACUCCUGUAGUCUGUGCAACUUAAAGCGGGGGAAGGCACUUUAAUUUGACAUCACUGGGCAAAAAUCCCACGAUAAACUUAGAGCAUGUUUUAAUUUAAGUGAACUGAGAGGAAAUUAGACUUCUGCACCUCCUCUUGGCUCUGUUGUUAGACUUUAGAUAAUCUAGGUUGUGACAGGAGACUUCAAUCACAGGUCAUUUCAGAGAGAGGGCAUUUAUAUGGGCUGUUCUACAAAUGCAGAUGCGUUUCUAUGUCCCUUCAGAUGGCAAAAGCCUGAUUCAGUGCAUUUAGUUCUGCGGAGGAAGUUGCUAUUCCAGCAUUGGCAGCAGUGCCUACACUGCAAAGCAAUGCCAAAAAAGGGAAGAUGGCAUCAAAAAGAGGAAAAGAUUCUAAAAUUAAAUGAAACAAACCAUGUGUCAAUUGUGGCAAGAAGAUGUUGCUAAUAGUUCAGCCUUCUGCUGACAGUAGCCAAAGGCUACUUCAAAUUCAUGUUUAAGUAGCUAAUGUUAGCUAGAGCCUUAAAUCACAGUGUGACCUCCGCCUCGCUCCUCACCGCUACAGACCACCUUGCCGGGAGGAGAGCUGCAGUGGCCCCAGAGACAGACCCCAGCCAGUGGCUGCAGCAACUUGAGCUCAGCCAGUGAUGGGGGACUGGACUGCUCCGAGUCCCCGACUCUAUUGCUGGUGUUACACAAGUUAGAUCCAGUGCUGCCGUUGCCAGAGACUGUGUCAUAUGAAUUAUCUGUGAGCUGUAAAUUCACCACUUCCAAGCAGAAAAGAGAAGAUAAUGUUGUUUUGAAGCCUUUGGGUGCAAAGUUUCUCCUCCUCUGCUCUGUACCAAAGAGGAGCAUGAAAGUCAAGAGCGGUCACUUUCUUGAUUCAUAUAUCCGCUCUGUUUGUUAGUACAACUCACUGCAAUAUAUCAAUUCUUUGAUUGAAUUCUGAGCUUUUUGUUUUUCCAGCCUCAUUGUAUAAAAGUCAGAGAUUUUAACUGAACAAAGCAGGUUAGAUCUCUUACACCUGUCACUUGUUGGUGAGGCUCAGAAAGGUAGAAGGUACAUUGGUCAAGAACUGUAUUUAAGUUCAUGUUGCAAUACCUAAAUUUGACCAGGAGAUGGCAACAUUGUUCAACCAGUGUUCUGGUUUGUUUCUCUGGGCUGUUACUGUUAUUUCUAUCAUUUGUAAUGCAAAAAUAUCUGGUUGUAGCAUCUCAAAUUUAAAUAUGUGCUGGUUUCCUCAGGCUUGUGUGAUAAUGAAAUGAAAUAUCUCUUUCUUUUUUUUUUGUUUUUCUCGAUUGUGGUCUGUGAGGAUGCACCAAAUACCCAGGUGACAUAGCUGAAUACCUGCUUUAUGGUAAGAAUUAGUAUUUUUGUUCAUCAGUGACUUCUUUGAAUUUGAGUACACAAUUGUGAGCAACUGUUGUUAAUCUGCUUUUUUGUUCUGAUCACUGCUUUUUUUUUUAGUAAGCUUUUUUUUAAGGCUAAGACAUCUGGCACACUUGUCCAAAACAUAUCUGAUGAAUGAACUUCAAAACCAGGUGUUUAUGUAUGCACAUGUGUGCAUCUGAUGUGUAUUAUACAGCUGAAUUAAAGUGCAUUUCUUAAAGAUG